AGAUGGCCGCUACUUACGCUGCACUAACUUCUGUGUUGGGAACCAUAGACAAGCUUUUACGGUCCAACUUAUUAGUAGGCCUAGAAGAGGUUCAUAAGCAACAAUUGGAAUCACUCGACAAGAUGUUUGGCACUCUGCAAAUGUCUCUAACUGGAAAAUGUGAUGGCGGAGAACCAAUUAUUACCAAGGGUUUGCAAAGAAGAAUCAAAGAUGUUGCACUUGAUGCAGAAGAUGAAGUUGAAUCACUAAUGAAACAACUUAUUAUUGAGCCGGAUGAUGAUGAACAGGUCCUUGAAUGUUGUCGUACGAAGCUUGAUAAGGUCUCUCAACAGGUUAUACAAGUAACUGAUUCUGUCAAAGAAGAGCUGAUCAUCAAGCAGAAGAUCAACAAUUGUCCAGAAGCUGAAAGUAGCGCUUCUCCACUAUUAGAUGCUUCAAUCCGUGAGAACGUUAUGGAAGGGUACAAUGAAGAAAGAGAAAGGAUGGUUCAAAGACUUAUCAGAGGCUCCGGAUCAAAUAGACUGGAAGUGGUCUCUGUUGUUGGGAUGCCGGGCAUAGCUGAGCGCGUACAACAGGGUUUGAAGGGAGAAAAGUAUUUGAUUGUUGUGGAUGACAUAUGGAGCCAAAACACUUGGGAUAGAAUUUCACAUUGGUUUCCAGAUUGUGGUAACAGAAGUCGAAUUUUGUUAACUUCUCGAGACAACAAGGUUGGUGAGUAUGCUGCUACCAAUCCUAAAGAUGGUUUGGUACUGAUGCGUCCUCUGACUCAAGAUGAAAGUCGGAAUCUGUUUUACCAUAGGGCAUUUGGGAAAAAUUACAGUAUUAGAGGGUCAGAUAUUGAUGAAUUCGAGAAGGUUGGAGAAAAAGUUAUAACAAAUUGCAAAGGAUUACCACUAAUGAUUACUGCGGUUGCUGGUAUACUCUCUAGCAAGAGUAAACUGGAUGAGUGGAUGGAAGUAGCUCAAAGUGUAAGCUCAUUAGUAAAUGAUGAUGCUUACAAACAAUGCUUAAAAGUUGUUGCUUUGAGCUACAAUAAUCUUCCUUCUCUUAUGAAAGCUUGCUUUUUGCAUUUCGGAGUUUUCCCGAAAGCCCAUGUCAUUUCUGUGAAGAAGUUAAUUAGAUUAUGGAUUGCAGAAGGACUCGUAAAUCUAAAAGGAGUUGAGGAAUUCGAACAAGUAGCUGCUCGUGUUUUACAUGAUUUUAUUGGGAAAAGUCUAGUUAUUGUUGAAAAGCGAAGUUUGGAUGGGCAAAUUAAGACAUGUAGGAUUCAUGAUCUUUUUCAUGAUUUGUGCAUGACGGAAGCUGAAAGCGAGAAUCUUUUGUAUGUUGUUGGUUCAGAUUCCACCACUAUGAUUUCUCAAUUAUACACAAAUUUCCGGUGGAUAUCAAUUCAAUCAGAAAAUGAUGAUACUUUCAGUAGUACUAUUGAAGCACGCUCUCUUUAUAAUAUUAAUGAUGCUUAUUUUACCCAACAAGUUUUUGUUUCCAAACUAGUGAGAGUAUUGGACUUGGAGGAAUAUUACACCUCAAGACUCAGUAAAGUUACUGGAGAUCUUGUUUGUUUAAGGUAUUUGUCUGUGAUGACUGCUGAGACAUGUACUGUGGAUCUACCAAUUACCAAUCUUUGGAAUCUACAGACUCUCAUUUUUUUCUUAAUACAUGAAGUUGUAACUUUGCCAGAAGAGAUUUGGCAAAUGUCACAAUUAAGGCAUCUUUAUGCAAGAGGCAUUUAUCUAUCUUCGCCUGGAGGUAAGGUUCUUGGAAACUUACAGAGUGUUUCUGGUUUGAAUCCUCGUUGUUGUACAAAGGAAAUAUUUGAAGGGAUUAAGAAAGUGAAAAAAUUGACCAUUCGCGGAAGCAAGGAGGAAUAUCCUACAGAUCUUAAAUGGAUAGAUAAUCUUAAAUAUUUGCAACAUCUCGAGUCACUAAGUAUUGCAAUUAGGCAAAUGCCGUCUACUAUGUAUAGAACCGGAUUUUGUAGUCUUACAAGUCCAGAUUCUUUUCCACAAAAACUCAGGAAGUUGAAACUUAAAUACACAUGUCUACCGUGGGAAUUCAUGUCCAUUAUCAUCAAGUUGCCCGAACUUGAGGUGCUCCAACUGAAGAGCGAUGCCUUCCUUGGCCACGAGUGGAAAGAAACAGACCAGAUUGGGUUUCAGAAGUUGAGGUUCUUGCUCCUUGCUAAGCUCAACCUUGAAAAAUGGACAACCACUGCCGGCUCUCAUGAUCAUUUCCCCAGACUUGAGCGCGUAAUUAUCACAGAUUGCAAAUUCCUAAAAGAGAUUCCUCAACGAUUUGCUGAUAGCAAGAAACUGGAGCUGAUUGAGUUACACAAAUGUGGUCUUUCCUUGGUGGCUUUUGCUGAGGAGAUCCAGGAAAAACACAAGGAGGUGGGGAGGAACAAACUUAAAGUUACUGCCUCCAAUUCAGGUAAAAUAUAUUUAUCUUUGUCAUGUUUUCGUUACCAUCAUUUGCUACACUUGAUGAGCCGAGGUUUGUUCAGAAACAACCUCUCUACUUCCACAAGGUAG